AUGGCAGACACGGCAACUAUAAUUACCAACGCCACCGCGCUAUAUGGCAAGAUCUCGCGCGCAUACGAUAACCUUCGGAAGCUCGGCGAGGCCAACAUCACACUCGGCGCGGUGGAAGCCCGGCUUCUGAAUCUCGACAAACUGUGGGAGAAGUUCGAUGCGAUGAAUGAUAUCUUGGCUGAGCGUGUAGACGAAAUAAAACAUGACGUCUAUGCUAAACAGGACAUACCUUCACUCGGCGAAGAGUCUUACCUAGUGAACAAGGGCCUGAUGUUGAAGAUGCGGCGUACUCUCCAGAAAAAGGAACGCGCCGCUGCUUCUGCUACUUCAGAAACAUCAACAUCGGCGCCUCGCACCACGCUACCUCGAAUCCAGCUGCCGACCUUUACGGGAAGAUACGAGGAUUGGCCGGCCUUCCGAGACCUCUUCGUCUCCCUCAUCGGCCAGGAUAAGACGACGAAGCCUGUAGAAAAAAUGCACUACUUGAAGAGCUGUGUCAAGGGCGAAGCAGAUCUUCUCAUCAGAGACCUCAGUUCUACCGAAGCCAAUUAUGAACGAGCCUGGCAAACUCUAAGCGACUACUACGAAAAUAAACGCUUACUAACCCGCUCUUAUUUAACAAAUUUUUUAAGCCUGCCAAAGAUGAAGGGAGAAUCCGCUGCUGAGCUUAGGAAGAUAUUCCACGGCAUCAAGACUACGGUCAGCUCGCUGACGAGCAUCGACCGGCCAGUAGGGAGUACUGAAGAUCUCUUUGUGCACCUCGCCGUUGACCUUCUCGAUAGUCGCUCUCGCCGCGAGUGGGAGACCUCCAUCAGUGAAACGAACGAGCCUCCGCAAUACGCUCUGCUAGAGCGUUUCCUUGAGCGACGUCUUCAUAUAUAA